GAGGAGGUGGCUGGAGCAGUUGGCUUGCCUGUGAUUCGCUGACAUGGGCUCUUAAUUGGAUUAAGGAACUUGCUUAGCUUGAUGCUUUGUGCUGGGAUUGGGAGCAGCCUGCACAAGAGCGCACGGACGCAGUGGCAAGACAGGAAGUGAAGGAGAGAGAGGAGGAGGCCUGCCCCGCUCACCACUUUAGUGAGAGAGGAGGGGUGAAAGAAGAAAAAGGGGAGUAACCCAUCUUCUUUGCCCUAGUGUGCUGCUGCCGCUGCUGCUGCAGCCAGCCUCCCUCACUCCCUCCUGCCCUCCCACCUCCUCUCUAUCAUUCUCUCUUUUUUCCCUUACUCAUCUGUUUCUGUGGUUGCUCUGGAGAGGAAGGACACCUGCCGCUCCCUCAUGAUUCAGCCAUUCUGCUGCCUGAAGCUUCACAGACAGACAAGGCAGCAUGUUCCGCCUGCCACUGCAGUGCCUGGCCGUCCUAUCCUAUGCACUUCAACUACCGCAGCUGCAGACGUCCCAUCACGACAACGCCAUCUCCUCCGUCCAAGUACUCAGGUGAGUGAGUCUUCACUAUUCCCAUCAUCCUCUCAGACUAUGCAGAACCUCCAUGGAAUUAAUGAAAUCUUUUCUGUUUUUAUCCUGCAGCAUAUCUGAAUAUUCCACUUGUAGACACAUGAGUACAUUUCUUUGAGCGCAUGGAACUCCUUUCCGUUGUGCAUGGAAGGCCGUCCACAUAAACCCCAGACUGUUAACAAGGUCAAAAUCAAGAACGUUUCCCCACUUUCCUCUGCAAUCCUGGCUCACCUAGUGAUGGAUAACAUACUUAAAGUGACUGGCGGCUGACGCUGUCUUAGUUAAUCGUGUUCCGAGACCUGCAUCCAGCAGUUAAGAUGACUGAAGGAGUGGAGGAUUUCUCUGCAGAGCCAGUCCCCCCUUCUGGAUUAGCCUCCCCCUCUGGCUCCACCGUUGAUACUGGACAAGUCCCAGAGGAGAAACCAGAGGAGACAGAGGCAGCUGGAGAGAACGGGGAGGAGGUUGCAGAGGUAACUGCAGAGGGAGGCGGUGAUGAUGAUGAUGGUGGGGAGCAUCCGGGAGCUUCAGGAGUUAUGGCUUUGUCAGCCACCUGCUGUGUGUGCAUAGAGAUGGAACAGAUUAACAAUUGCCUGCACUCUGAGAAAAUCUGCAUUCUGCCCAUCCUGGCCUGCCUGCUUAGUUUAGCUUUGUGCACAGCUGGACUCAAAUGGGUCUUCGCCGAUAAGAUCUUUGAGUAUGAACCCCCCACUCAUUUAGAUCCUAAACGCAUAGGGCAGGACCCUAUUAUCAUAUCAGUGGACCCCACACUGGGACUAACUAUGUCAAUUGCUUAUUCGUCUCCGUCAACUGUCUCCCUGACCACCACCGCCGCCAUAACCUCGGCACAUCCUGACGUUUUACUGGAGGACAAGUCUACACGAGGUUCAUACGUGCCUCCACGAGGAACCCAACCUGAACCGUCAGUCACAGUUAAAUCAACUGCUGAAUUUCCCACCAUCCCAAAGCAGACACCUCUCCCUUUUACAACAAAAGAAGUGAACGACAUAUUCAUCCCAACUCUCUCUUCCACCAGCACCACCACUACAGCCAAGACUUCCAGUCAUGUGACACGCUGUAGUGAUAGCCAGAAGAACUACUGUGUCAAUGGAGGGGAGUGCUUUACCCUUGAAAUCAUGCCUGGCAGCACAAAGUUUUUGUGCAGGUGCUUGACCGGAUUCACUGGGCACCGAUGUGAACAAGCUGUGCUUAAGAAAGUCUCAAACCCAAAACAAGCUGAGGAGCUGUAUCAGAAACGUAUUUUAACAAUAACAGGAAUCUGCAUUGCACUCCUAGUCGUUGGAAUCAUGUGUGUGGUUGCCUACUGCAAAACAAAGAAGCAGAGGAAGAAGCUCCAUGACCGUCUCAGGCAGAACCUGAGAACCAAGAGGAACAAGCUGGCAAAAUCAGCCAGCCGACGGCAGGUUUCCAAUUUGCCGCUCCAGGAUUUGCAGCAGACCAACUGUAAUGGGGCAGCAAUCCAACAUGCAGCUGAGAAAGAGACAGAGACAACAUUCUCCACAAGCAAAUAUGCUUUAUCAACUCAACAAGCUACCACACUCACCAACACCUCCAGCCAAAGGCAUCCAUCAACUGAAAAAACCCUGCCUCAUCUGUCUUCAGUUUCCUGCAGCACUCCUGGAACUCCAAACUCUCCUCCCUCAGAGAUGUCUGCCACUCUUUCCAGCCAAGCCAUCUCUGUCCCCUCUGUGGCUUUAAGCCCCUCUGCUGAAGAGAAGCGCCCCCUGCUGCUGUCAAAGGCACAUCAGCCAUCUAAGUCCUUUAGCCGUGAUGAACUAAACAGGACCUCUGCACAUUACAAUCAUGGCCAAGAAGCACAUAGCUUACCACCUAGCCCGCUCUGUGCCAUGGAGAAUAACUACCAAGUCACAGUCACUAUUGCAGCUAGCCAUAUGAUCUCAGCAUCUACAGAGAAGCUAGUUAAUGCAAACAACACUAUUAAUAACCAUAGCAUCAGAAAAGCAACGGUUAUGAAUGGUCAUGUGCUGCAUAAUAAAGAGUUCAAUAUUGACAGCAUGUUGGCCAGUGAACCAGAGGAUCCAAAGGGGGAUCACACACCAUUCAUUUCGAUAGAGAACGCUAAAGCCCUGCUUUUAAGGGCUAAAGAUAGCAGUAGGACUACUGCAACAUCACGAAAUGGUGACCUGCAACUCAUGUCAUCCACCAAACAAGACCCAAGAACUGUGUAAAGAAGGGCAGAAAGUUGCUUGUUUAGAAAAAAUUACACUCACUACUUAACCUUUAUUUUCUACUAAAUUAUUCGCAGCAAAAAUACUUUUAAUGAUAAAUGAAAAGCAAGACUUUUAUUUUAAUGUUGUAGUGAAUAGAGAGUUUUAUAAAUUUAAAAUAAUGUACAAAAUUGAUGAUGUCCUGUAGAUGAAGUGCCAUACACGAGUAUGUAGUAGUGUGUGAAAAUAUACUUGUAUAUAGUAGCGUGUAAAAAUAUCAAUCGUGCCUUUUUGUUAGGUAUGCUUAAGGGAACUGCAAAUAUAACAGGGCCAUAUAUUCACCAUCCUAAUUUUCUAAUCAAGAAUAACAUGCAAACUGCCUUCAAUGUCUCAUAGUUUGAAGUGAAGAAGCUCAAAUAUUUCAUUUUGGUAACAAAUUUUAAAAUGCAUGCUACAUCCUGUCCUGGAACGACUGCGUGAUUUUGUGUCAUAAAGACAUUGGAUCUGUCCAGUCAAAUCAUCAGUGUUGUUGUCCAUUGUGUCCUGAAUGCAAUAUAAAACCGCAACAGAGACUGGACUGAUUUGGAUGAUUUCAUGUCUAUUUUAACGCAAUGUUUGUGAUCAGAAUAUGUAGAGAUGUUCAUACUUGUCAGUGGAUUACAUUACAGGUAACACAUGCAAGCAAAAUGCAGAUGUAAUCAUUGAGUUCUAAGAAACACUAAACACUAAGAAACACGAUCAAUAGUCUCGUCUUUGUCAAGUUUCCUUCAACCUUAAUGUCAGUUCAUCAAUGAAUCAGUAAUGCACGAGUGUGAAAUUUUAAAGGAUGACAUCGGGUUUCCGAUUCAAAUAUCCAAUACGAUUUCCCGGGUUUGGUGAUGAUGUCAUCGAAGGCAAAUAUCUAGUUUGUAUGAAACAUGAAUAAAUACAAGGCUCUUGAUUUAAUUUGUAAAGACAUCAAUGUGACUUGAGCAAUGCUUUUUUAGAAUAAAAAAAAUAUGCACC